AUGAACUUCAGCUCGGAACAAAACCAUCACGAGCUGAUCUUGCAGUGCCAAGUUCACGGGAUCAAGAGCUUCAACUACACCAACCCUGGGAAGCUGGUCGUGUCCAGGGACUCCACGCAAACUCAAGCCUACGUGUCUGUUCACCAGAGCCAGGUUGGACCCCAGUCCAAUUUCUCAAAUGCGCAGGUCACAGGCCGAAUCUCCUUCGAUGCUGGAUCCAAGAGGUACAUUAGAAUCGUCUGGACUGACUUGAGUGAAGAUCUUAAAGGCAAUUACACAUGCCGGGUUUAUAGUGUCAACAACGAGUUGAUAGCCUCCAAACACCUGACAGUCCGGCUGAGACCAAUAGGGCCUGAUUUCCAAGCGAAGCCCCAUGUUAUCCAGAUAGGCUUGACAAAAAGACUGGACGUAUCCUGCGCCUUGACCGAUUAUAAAAGCCUGAAUAUGUCAAAGGUUGGUAGUCUGGACAUCUUCAAAGUUCAAAAUGGAUACGAGUGUUUGUUCGCGCGAGUGUGGACUAUGGCUGGAAAGUUGUUUACUUCAGGGCUUAACGAGCUGUUUGUCACAGGGGUCAUAGAAAACGAUUAUGCCCAGUGUGUAGCCAGCUGGAUGAACCCAUCUGAAGACGUGGCAGGCGAGUACCUCUGCCGCGUCUCGGCUGUCGGGGUUAAAGGUGAUCCUGUAUUCUUCAACAGUAAGGUCAAUGUCACAUGGGAACUUCCUAGUGAGGAAACGUUGCUCAAACGCUUCAAUGAAAUGAUCGCACGACAAGACGAACUAGUGGAGCAGGAGAAAGAGGGAGAUGAGAAUCUACAGGAGGCUGUGUUGAUACUGAAUACAACAGAUAAGCGUCAAUGCAGAAACCCUACUAGUUGUGACGACAUCUACUUCACGCUAAACCCUGGUCAACAUCUUGUCCGUGUGGAGCCUGAAGAUGGAUUGGGGCCAAUCAACGUCCUCUGUGACGUGGUAGGACGCCGUGAAGUCUAUACCGUGUUUCAAAAAAGAUUCAACGGAAAGGUUGACUUCUACCGAAACUUCCAUGAUUACGAGAAUGGUUUUGGUUCUGUCGAUAGCGAAUUUUGGUUAGGUCUCAAAAACAUCCGACGACUCUUGAUCCAGAACGGUGAUAAGAACCAACUGCGAGUGGACAUGUCAGUGAUGGGCACUGAUCUCAACUACACCAGAAUUUAUCCUACCUUCUCCAUUGGUCCCCCUGAGGAGUAUAGACUGACCGUCAGCGGCUUGUAUGACCGGGGCUUCGGGAUGUCUUCCAACUCCCAUAAACCGUUCUCCACCUAUGACCGGGGUCUGACGCAUGUUGCCAGCAGACACAACCGUGGAGCCGGCUGGUGGUUCCCAGAAGACCACGGGUACGUCAACCUGAAUGGAGUCUGGGGCGUUCCUGGGAAACCUUAUUCUAUAUUCUGGUGGGAACUGCGUCAGGAUUUGAACUUCAUUCUUGAAAAGACAGAAAUGAAAUUUCGGAGGAACAAGUGA